UUGUUUCAACUUUUUAGACCAUUUGUAGUUUUUUGUUAACUUAAACCAUUGCAUUUCCACCCGGAAAACUAUGUAACUUUCCCACGGAUGGAAAAUCUAGCUACCGGCAAUGUAUUCACUAUUGUUACAUGGCGAGAAAGACAGGUUUAAUUUUGACACAUGUCAAUAACAUUGUAGUGACGUUUCGCAAUUUUCAAUUCGAAUUUUAGCAAAUUCUAAUCUACCUUGUUUUUAAAAUGUAUUUUCAUUUAUUUCAAAAAACCUUGCACGUGGUGAAGCAAUGAAAAAUUUAGUGUUUAGUGUUUAAUUUGCACCUAACUUCAAAAUGACGACCAAGGAACUUUACACCAAGGACGCCAAAGUAUGGGUGGAACAUCCGGUCCAGGUGUGGGAGGGUGCCACCGUCACAAGCGACUACCGCUCCGGAGUCCUCAUAGUCAAAGUCGACCAGACUGGCGAAAUACGGCAGAUCAAAAUAACAGAUGAAAAGAAAUUGCCCCCAUUAAGGAACCCGUCGCUGCUCAUCGGUCAGAAUGAUCUCACUUCGCUGUCUUACCUACACGAGCCGGCGGUACUGCACAAUCUUAAAGUCAGAUUCUGCGAUCGCAACGCCAUCUAUACAUAUUGCGGGAUCGUGCUCGUCGCUAUCAACCCAUACUAUGACUUGCCUAUAUACGGUGACGAAACGAUAAUGGCCUAUCGUGGCCAGUCUAUGGGAGACCUGGAUCCUCAUAUAUUCGCCGUGUCGGAGGAGGCCUACACUAAACUGGAGAGGGAAAGGAGGGACCAGAGUAUUAUAGUGAGCGGCGAAUCGGGAGCUGGCAAGACAGUGUCGGCAAAGUACGCUAUGCGAUACUUCGCGGCCGUCCGAGGCAACGUCAGCGAAACGCAAGUGGAGAGGAAAGUGCUCGCCUCCAGUCCCAUCAUGGAGGCAAUAGGCAACGCCAAAACCACUCGAAAUGACAACUCUUCCCGUUUCGGAAAAUUCAUAGAGAUCCACUUUGACCCCGAAUAUCGGAUAUGCGGCGCGAGCAUGCGCACUUAUCUGUUAGAGAAGUCCCGAGUAACUUACCAAAGUGCGGGAGAAAGGAACUACCAUAUAUUCUACCAGCUAUGUGCUGCUGCAAGACAAAUGCCUGACUUGAAGCUGGAUCACCAAGACUGCUUCCAUUACCUGAACCAAGGAGGCAGUCCAGAAAUCGAUGGUGUAAAUGACCUAAAAGCUUUCAACGAGACCAAAAACGCGCUCACCACUUUAGGUGUAUCGGAGUCUGAACAGCAGAACAUGUUCACGGUGUUGGCGGCCAUAUUGCAUCUCGGGAACGUGGAACUCACUUCCUCUGAAGAAGACGCUGAGAGUGCGUAUAUUGAAUCAGACGACCCCCAUCUAAUAACAGUAUGCUCGCUAUUGGGCAUUUCAAAAUUGGAACUUUCAAGAUGGCUGACACACCGACGAAUAGCAUCAGCGCACGAAGUUAUAGUUUCAAGAAUGGACAUACAGAGGGCGGCAUUCGCAAGAGACGCUUUGGCAAAGAGAAUGUAUGGAGAAUUGUUCGCGUGGCUCGUUCAAGCUGUGAACAGGGCAUUGGAUACUGGCCAUGCGAAAAAGCACUUUAUUGGUGUCCUGGACAUCUACGGUUUUGAGACGUUCGAGAUCAACUCGUUCGAGCAGUUCUGCAUCAACUACGCCAACGAGAAGCUGCAACAGCAGUUCAACUCACACGUCUUCAAGCUGGAGCAGGAUGAGUAUAUAAAGGAAGAGAUAUCAUGGAAAAUGAUAGAUUUCUACGACAACCAACCCUGUAUAGACCUGAUAGAAGACCGGCUCGGAGUGCUGGCGCUCCUGGACGAGGAGUGCCGCGUGCCGCAGGGCUCCGACCAUGGCUUCGUGGCCAAGCUGCAUGACAAGUGCGCCAAGUACCCGCAUUUCCUCAAGCCGAGGUUUGGCAACGCUGCGUUCAUAAUAAAGCAUUUUGCUGACAACGUCGAAUACCAGUGCGGUGGAUUCCUGGAAAAGAACCGAGACACAGUUUUGGAAGAGCAACUGGAAUGUAUCAAAUCUGCAACGUGCUGCCGCCUGAUCCAUGUGAUAUUUGCGGACUCUCCGGUGGACCAUUCCGCGACCUUGCCGCCUCCUUCUAGAAGGAGGACGACUCCUUCUAUGCCACUUGGGAGCCUCACUCAACCACCACGCCGCGCUUCUGGACAGAAACAAACCGUAGGGGCGCAAUUCCGAGCGUCACUCUCUGCGUUGAUGGCUACCUUGUCGGCGACCACUCCCCAUUACGUGCGCUGCAUCAAACCCAACGAUACCAAAACAGCCUUCCAGUUCGACGCUGCUAGAGCCGUCAACCAGCUGAGAGCUUGCGGCGUACUGGAGACCAUACGAAUUUCAUCGGCCGGUUUUCCAUCGAGAUGGCUUUAUCAAGACUUCUUUCAAAGAUACCGCCUUCUCUGCUGCUUCAAAGACAUCGACCGGGCAAACGUGAAAGCGACGUGUUCGAAGAUUCUGCUGAAACACGUGAAGGCCACUGACAAGUACCAGUUCGGUGCUACCAAAAUUUUCUUCAGAGCUGGACAGGUGGCGUACUUGGAAAAAGUGCGCGCAGACUUACAAAGGCUAUACUGCGUGCGCGUACAGAGUUGCGUGCGCGGCUUUCUAGCGCGGCGUCGCUAUAAGCGACUCACGCACGCUAUACACGGCAUACAGGCGCACGCUAAAGGAUUCUUGGUUCGACGAAAGUGUCAAGAAAUCCGUCGCAACAGAGCGGCCAUCAAAAUCCAGAAGACUGUGCGCGGUUGGCUCGCCAGGCUGAAAUACCAAAGGAUAAGGAAACUGACCAUCGGCAUACAAGCACGCGCUCGAGGCUACAUGGCCAGAAAACUGUAUAAGAAUAAGAAGAUCCUCAAACUGACUAUCGGCAUGCAACGCUACGCGCGCGGCUACCUCGUCAGAAGAGAAAUUAAGAUUAAACUGCGAAAGAUCAUUGUAGCUCAGGCAGCGGUACGUCGUUUCCUAGCUCGUCGUCAAUACAAACGCCUUCGCAUUGAAGCGAGGAGUUUGGACCACGUCAAAUCCCUCAACAAGGGUCUGGAGAACAAGAUCAUCAGUCUCCAACACAAAUUAGAGGAUGCCCUCGGAAAAGCCAAGAAGGUUGAACCGUUGCAGGUUCAAAUUGCUGAAUUGAGGGCAAAACUGGAAACCCUAAAACUGGUAGAAAUCGAAGCCAAAACCCUCAAAGUGGACAUCCACAAUAAAGACAACCUCCUGAAUAACCUGCGACUAGAAUUGACGGAAGAAAAGGACACCAACAAACGGCUUAUAGAGGAGAAGAAAGAGAUAGAAACUAGAUACAAAAAAGAGAAAGAGGUGUGGCAGAAAGAGAGGGACAUAUUGAAACAUGAGUUGAGCACUGAUAAGGAGCAUUUCCAAAUGGCUAUAGAAGAACUCGACAAAGUCCACGAGGCGGAGAAAAAAGCGCUAUGUCAAGAAUUAGAGCACGAGAGACAAAGCAGACAGAAACUGCUGUCCUCUCAAUACGACCUGCAGGAGAGACUGGACAAUAUGCACAGGGCGCCUUCCAAGGAACACAGAAGAUCUUUGUCAGACGCGAGCAACAACUCACAGCAAGAGACUACCGUCGAAGAUGAUUUCGGCUACGGUUCAGUUCGGUCUACGGAGUCUUCAAGACCCGCGCUCGAAGCAGUCAACUGGUCUACUACCAGCUCACAGAAUGGACAUAUGCCGAUGGCGGACGCAGGCCUGGUGCUGCGCAUGCGCAACAGAAUAUCGGUGCUUCAGAGCGAGCUGUCACGCACCGCCAAAAGAGCUGCCGAUCUGGAAGAUCGUCUUAUGAAUCGCCUCACUUCCCCGCCAUCGAAUCCAGACUCGGAUCGCUUCAAAGUAGAAGAGCUAGAGAUAGAGAAUAAGAAACUGUUGGAAGACAUCGAGAGAUUGCGCCAUGUUGAGUCCGCCCAUCUGAAUAAAGAAAUUAUCGAUCAACUGCAUCAAAUGCAAGAGGAGCUGGACAGACGACGCGACGAAUGCAUACAACUGAAGAGCGUUCUCACUCACCAGAAACCGUGGUUCCAAGCGUUGAAGAGCGUUACAUCGAACCUGAAGUCGCUGGCCACAUCCAACUACGGUUCGGACGUGGACAUCAUCAAUGAAGAUGGGGAAUUGGCUUCAGCGUACCAAACUCAGAAGGGAAUUAACAGACAACUACAAGAGGAACUUCUAGAAGAGAAGAAGUUCUACUCCGAGCACAUCGCCGCAGCCAAGCAGGAGAUAGAACGGCUCAGAGAAGAGAACGAGAAGUACCAGAAGAUGCUGAGUAAUGACCUCAAUCAGGAACCUCGGACCAAGGGUCAAGAAUUCGCACAGAACGAGAUCGUUCGCCUGACCUCAGAAAUACUAGCGUUACAGGAGCGCGUAGACAAACUUUCGGAGAGCUGCCGAAGAUACAAGAACCAGAUCAGAUUGUUGCUGCAGAAACUGAAGGAAGCUGGCGUUGAACAAGUUGAGGAUAUCUUGGAUGAUUCAGCGAUAGUUCAAAACACGCCGACGCCACUCGAAGUGAAGCCAGUAAUGCGUAAAAAGGAACGCGAAUACCUCGGCAUGUUUGAAUACAAGCUGCAGGACGAGGGGACUAUUAUCAAGAAACUUAUUUUAGAUCUGAAGCCCCGCGUGGCAGUAAACCUGUUGCCAGGGUUACCAGCAUACAUCUUGUUCAUGAUGAUACUACACACGGACCACGUGGACGACGAGCCCAAGAUGCACGGCCUCAUCCGCGCCAUACGCAUGGCUGUGAGGAAGACGCUCCGGCGACGCGCCGAGAGCGUGGAGUACAACACCAUGUGGCUCUCUAACAUUCUCCGACUAUUGAACAAUCUCCGGCAAUACAGCGGUGACGCGAUGUACCAAGAAAGUAAUACCCCGCGACAGAACCAACAGAGCUUACGGAUAUUCGACCUGUCAGAGUACCGACAGGUGUUGUCUGACGUCGCCAUAGGAAUUUAUCAAGGUCUAAUAACCCUGCUCGAGCGUCACUUGGAGCGUCUAAUCUUCCCAGCCAUACUAGAAUACGAAGAGAUCAGUGGACUAUUGGGCCCAGCCAAAGCCGCCGCCCCCUCUCCCCCCUCCGCAGGCCCAGCUAGACUGAAACAUGAGUUGGCUACCACGCAUGAACACCUGAAAGUCCACGCUGUUGAUACUUCGCUCCGAGUGACCAUCUUUAAACAGCUAUUCUACUAUAUCUGCGCUUACAGUCUCAACCAGCUACUCCUGCGCAAGGAUCUGUGCUGCUGGGCCAAGGGACUGCAGAUCCGAUACAAUAUAUCCCACCUGGAGACCUGGAUCAAGGAGCAUUUGGCUGAAUAUGGCCAAAAGAACAUGGAAGAAAUCCUCAGCGUACUAAAACCUAUAACGCAAGCAGUGCAACUGUUGCAAGCCAGGAAAUCCAUGGCGGACGUUAGGAGUACGGUGGAAAUGUGCGCCGACCUGUCCGCUAUGCAAGUUUGUAAGAUCCUCAACAUGUACACCCCAGCGGAGGACUACGAAGUGAAAGUGACGAAGGAGUUCAUCCACGAGAUACAAAAGCUGAUGCAGGAGCGAGACGGCCCCGACGCCAACAAGAAACCGCACAACCUUCUAAUGGACACUAAAAUGAUUUACGCAGUACAUUUCGACUUCUGCCCGUCGCCCAUUCGCCUAGAAGACAUAGAAGUGCCCGAAGUGUUGGAGCUAGAAGGCCUUUUGACCAAGGUGUAAGACGAUGAAAAUUGAUACAAGAAGAUAACUUUCCUUCUGGAGCCUUCUAGAUGGUAGAUAAAAGAGUGUAAAAAUGAAGUUCAUUCACGAAUAAGAAGAUUUAUUUAAAAAAAAAAAUUAUGAAUGGUGGUAGAUUCUUGAAGUUCCUUUCGAGUCUUCUAGAAAGUGUUAUAUAACUACUAUUAAUUUACGAGAGAUUUAAAUAAUGUUUGAUGAU